UAAAGGCGGGGAGUUGUCCAGGGUGCUGAAAAUAUCCCUCAGCGCCGUCACGAAGACGUGCUACAGCGGCGUAAGCAAGAAACACCCUCCUCCUCCCUGAUCUCACUCACUAUUAUCACACUCUCCUCUCACUCUCCACACACUUUAUACCUUCAUACAAAAAGAGGAAAAAGCUCCAUCCAGACUACCACCACCACCAGCAGCAGCGGAAAGAGAGAAUAAACCAGUAAAACCAGUCCUGACGUCAAACUUCCACCAGCAGAGCAGAGGGAAGGGAAAAGCGCACCGGACCACGUCACGCUCGGGAUCCCGGCGCACCACCUUCACACCUCUCCCCAAGAUCUGCACGGUCAUGAUCCGGUGGCAACACGUUUCAAGUGCCCCAGUUGUGCUUCUGUUUAUUCUCUUCAGUCUUACAUUUGAGCCCACAAGCACCAGCCCUGUGCCCGAAGACAAAGAGACACUACGCAGUCGAUAUGGACCACCUUCUGCUGAUUACACAGGGGCGCAGAUUCAGUCCACCCAAGGUGGAGAUGGUCAUCAAGUGGCACAGGAUGAAGAGGAGGACGAACUUUUCAAAGACGUCGAUCCCAAAACCCUAGCGGCGGUGCUCUUAGGAGCCCUCAACAAACCUCAGGGGAAGAUAACGAGUGAGGGAAACAAGAACGGAGAAGAGGGAGCAGAAAAGGCAGAGGAGGUGAGGGACAAUGAGGGGGCUGACAGAGACAGAGAUGGACAUCAGGAGCUGGAGCUGGUAAUGGCAGCUGCUGCAGCGCAGGGCAGAGAAGAGCGAGAGAGAGAGGAGGAUGAAGAGAGAAAGAGAAUAGAGGAAGAAGAAGAAAGACUCACAGAAAAGGUGACAAGUCAUACCACCAGUCAGACAGUGCCUGUAAGAGAACCUGAAGCUGUAACAAAGGAGGUAGUGAACAAGGAGGGGCAGCAAGAGUCUGAAAGAGGAACAGACGGAGAGACAGAAGAGCAGCUGAAUCCAGAGGAGCUAAAGAAUCUGGAGACCAUGCUAAAGGAGUUUCAGAGCUACAGCACAGCCACAAAAAGAGAGCGCGACUCCUCAACUGGACAAAGGGAGAGCCGCGGAGAAUACCUUGAUUAUCUGGACCGAAAUGGCCUCAUGAAUAAUGAGAUCAAGCCCAAAGCCAAGAGCUAUGACCUUGCCAUGUCCAAGAAAAAGCUCAAGUGGCAACAAGAACAGGAAAAGGACAAGAAUCGGCCAGUGUAUAAGGGAGGAAACUUCAUGGAUGAUUUUAAUGAAAACCUUGAAGAUCAAGAAGUGGGAAUUGGUGAAGAUGAAGAAGACGAGGAGUUGAGUCCUGAAGAAGAAGAGGCUAGGGCAAAAGCUGAACAGGAGGAGGUCCGUAGACAGGCAGCUGAAGCCCAGAGAGCUAAAGCAGAGGAAGAGAAACUUGCAGAUAUUGCCUCAGACAUGGUCCUACAGUACAUGGUCAAGCAAGAUGGGAAGAAGUACCAGAACAAUAAUGCAGCUGAGGACAAACGCUCAGAGGAAGAUACAGAUGAUGAUGAUGAUAUCGACCCACAAACUAUUGACAAGCUGAUUGAAAUCUCUAGCAAGCUUCACCUCCCUGCAGAUGAUGUGGUUGAUAUUAUCAGUGACGUUGAGAAGAAGAAGAAAAAAGAUGCCCCUGAAAAUCUGCAAUGGCAGCGACCUCUUGUACCUCUUUCACCCCCUGUUGCUCCAUCCACGAUCUUAAGAACAACACCCCCCUCAAAACCACCUAAACCCAACACAAACCCAUUUAAAGCUUGGUUUAAGGACAGGGCUUCUAUUAAGCCCAGUAAUCAAGACUACUGGAUGCAGGAGCAGUGGCCCUUUCGGACCUACCCCUCCUACCGAUUCUACCAAAAGCCUUACAGUAGCUAUUACCCCAUCUAUAUCCCACCUCCCAAAUCUAAACCACGAUACUAUGCCAAGCCCUCCUACUCCUUUAAUGACAUCCUGGGGAAUUCAUUGGACUAUGACUUUGAUUACCCCCUCAAACAAAGGUACCGUUCCUGGACACAACCUCGCCCAAGAGCUCCUCCGGCAUUCCGUCGGAACCUCUAUUUCCCUAACUACAUUGUCCCUCAGGCCCGGACUUUCCAAGCCGUACCCAUGCCCAAACCCCGGUCACCUCUGCGUCGUCGGCCUGCCUUCUAUUACCCGCCCCCAGGUUCUGUAGUCACCAGACAGGGUGACUACUACAGCCAGUUGGCGCAGCCACAGCGGGACAGUGAUGAGGAGCUAGAAAACUUCAUCAAGAAGGUUUUCCUGAAAAGCCCCCAAAUGUUUCAGUGAAGAUACAGACAAAGCAACGAGAGACGAGAAAGAAAAAUAGGGACAGUGUGAAAAGGAACAACUGAAAGACUGUUUUUUUCAUCCUUCCAUUUUUGGUUUCAUCAACAGAAGUACGUUAGUUGAGUCAAAUUUCUGUCUUUCUCCAUUUAGUUCCUUUGAACAAUUUCCCUAAAGACUGUUGCCGUUUUCAGUGCCGUUCCUCACUCCAGAUGAAUAGCACAGUUUCUGUUUCGAUCAGAAUGUAAUAAGAGAUGAUGUUGAGACUCACAUUCAUUUCACCUCAUCUACUAGCCUCCUCCCCUAAAAAGACUGAGAGACAGUGGGAAUGACAUGAGGAAAGGGUGCUUUUGUCUAAUAUGUGAGGUGCACACAGGGCUCAAAUACCCAAUUUAAAUUCUUUCCAUACUCCGAGAAGGCCUUUAAAAAGUACAGAGAUCAAUGGGACAUCCCUUUGUAAGCCUUACCUUUAUGUUUUGAUUGUAAAGUUCUGAAACUUUUUUUAAACACGGUCAUUUCACAAUGAGACAGAAGAACAGCAAAAAAUGUCGAAAUUGCACCUUUAAAGAAUGCAUGCACCAAGAGCAUGUUUAUUCAACUCCGUAAAAAAACUCAGUCAUGCUGAAAUCUUAGAGUCAGAAAUCAGUGCCAUACUGUUUGGAAGUGUUCCGGUUUGACUCAUCCUACUGAACAAAUGUAUUGUGUCUUAACUAUAUCUAGAAGUAUUCUGCUUAAGCAUUUAACACGUGUGUUUUCAUGUGUAAUGAUAAGAACACAUUCAGUCCUGUACAUAGAAGUAGUCUAAUAUUUUGUUUACUUUCAACAUGUUUUUUAAAUCAUUUUUCUACGCAAAAACACUGAAAGAUGGUGUAAGGGACGCUCAUACAUUCCAAGUAUUUCUAAGAAAAAAAAACAAUGAUUUCAUAGGAGAUGUUUUAAAUACAGUUAUUUAUUGCCUUAUUAAGACAUUCUCGUUCCCUUUUUGAGACAAGCAGCAUUUUUGUCAUUGUUGGUUUAGCAGGUUUGAUCCUGGUCACAGGAAUUUUUUAGAGAUUCCUAUAAAAAGAAAUUCCUAUAAAAAGAAGCUACACCACUUUGGUCAGUUUACUAAUAAAAACAGACUGAUGGAUAAGUCACAUGAAAAUUCUGUCAUAUAAAAUGACUUCUCAAUGAUCCAUGUUUGUUCCUAACUCUGUCAGAUGUCUAUUGAUUAAUGUCUAUGAAAUACAUGAAUGAGAUGUUGUCUUUUAGACGUUUCCUCUUUGUGAACAACUGAACAAUGUGCACAAGAAGAGAUUUCUGAGUCAAUGAAAGUUCUUUCUAAACAGCAUUGACAAUCUUCUAAUUGAAAUUGAUCCUCUCUCACACAUCCCUUGGAGUUUCGAUCGAUAUGUACUUUCACACAAUAGUUGGGAGUCCAGCUGGGGCCAAAAUCACAAUUCUUGGUGAGGUCAGAUUUAAUGCUACUGGACAAAGUGUAUAGUACACAUGAACAGCAUGACACCAUCGAUGAUUCAUUCUUCUCACUGAAAUCCUGGAACUCAGAGUGAACCGUCACCUUUCAGAAACUUCUUAGAAGUCACAUUUUUAACUAAUUUAAACUGAAGUUCUUUUUAUUUAUAAAAAAAAUGUUAGAUAGAUUAAUCACCAGAGAUUCAAAAUUCUGGCCCAGCUCACAAGUACCCAAAUUUGCGUGAUAUCCAACACAAAAUUGAGGAAGAUGAAAAGACAGAACACAUGACGGAAGAGGGGGGUAGUAUUUGGUAGUACUUGACAUUCAAAUUCUUUUAAGCGAUUUUUUAAAAUAUGAAAAGAGAAGAAAGUUGAGGAUAAAAAAAUGGACCAAGUGAUCUGAAACGAGUGUCUGCACGUUUAUGUGAACUUGCAUCUAAAAUGUGUUUCUUCUUUGAAGACAUUAUGAGCAUUCAAAAAAAAGUAUAAAAAAAUGACAAAAGAUCAAUGACUAGCGUACCAUAGGAAAAACUGUCUUGUAUAAAGAAAAUCAGCUGUUUGUCAUUUCUAGAUGUACCUUGUACGUAACGUAAUAAACAUGCGUUUGCUGGAUGUAAAUAACCGCAUGUUGAUGGCUAGUUUUGCUACACAGAGAGAAUUAAAUAAAAUCAACUAUUUUUUAUUAA